CCCGUAUCUAUUGCCCUGAUGUGAGGUUAUAUCAGACUGGCUAGCGCCCGUGAUCUUCGUUGAUGUGUCGCGUUUCUGACUCUGCUUCUGACUCUGUUUCUCCACAUCUCGUUCGUCUUGCUUGCUUGCUUGUGGGCUGGAGAAGAACGCCAUGGCGCACAGCGAUACGAAUAGCCUUGUGCUGAAGGAUGACCCGAGUUUUGUUACGACGGAGCAAGUCUCCCAGGUGCAUAGUGUGUCGAGUGGGCUGCCCGCCGGCGUCGACGACGACGAGCAGCGCUCGCUGUGGCAGAAUGUGAAAAAGUAUCGCAAGGUGACUUAUGUUACGUUUGGGCUUACGUCUGCGAUUCUGCUGUAUGGGUAUGAUAAUGUGGUUGUGGGCACGGUUUCGGCCAUGCCGUUGUUUCAAAAAGACUUCGGUGAAUACUUCGAAGCUGACGAUAAAUGGAUUCUGCCUGCUACCUGGCUUGCUCUCUGGAAUGUUGCGUCCCCCAUUGGCGCGAUGAUGGGCUCUCUCUUCGGCGGCUGGAUGCAAGAUAGAAUCGGGCGUCGUCUUGCUCUGGCUACCUCCUCGUUUCUUUCCGCCCUCGCAGUCGCAGUCAUGUACAUUUCUUAUCUGCCAGCAGACAUCACCGGCCGCCGCGUGGCCUUCUUAAUGGGCAAAUUCUUCCAAGGAGGCGCAAUUGGCGCCGUCAUGGCUGCAUGUCAGACGUACAUGAGUGAGAUCCUUCCCCCCGCGCUACGAGGCUCAGGCAUGGCUUUCUUCCCCGUCUUCACACUCCUGGGACAACUGGCCGGCGCGCUUGUUAUUUUCGGGGCGCUGAACGCAGACAACGGAUAUGCGAUUGCUUUUGGCUCCCAGUGGCCGUUCUCCUUCAUUCCGAUCGUCGUCGCUUUCUUGAUCCCAGAGUCGCCGACGUGGUACGUCCGCAAGCGCAAACUAGACAAAGCGUACAAAGCACAAGCACGUCUGGAUCCGCCGGGCGCAGACACAAAAGCCAUCGUCGACAAGCUCCUCCGCGACAUCGAGCACGAGGAGCAGACGUCCAAGGCCACGUACGCGGAAUGCUUCAACAAACGCAAUUCGCGCCGCACAUUAAUCGUCAUGUUCGCGAACGCACUACCCGCAGUCUUCGGCCUGCAGCUCCUAGCCAAAUCGUCGUACUUCCUCCAGCUCAUCAACAUGAAAGCAAGCAUAUCCAUCAUCUUCCUCAUCCUCGGCAUCGUCCUCGGCCUCAUCGCAAACUGUGUUUCCGUCUGGGUCGUUGCGCGCGUCGGCCGCCGCACCCUCGUCAUCUCCACGCUGCUGAUCUGCGCCGCGCUCUGGCUGUCCAUGGGGAUUGCGAAUUGCUUCCCCAUCGUGCCGGCUGUUACAUGGUGGACAGCCAUCUCCAUGAUGCUAACCAUCGUCACCGCCGGCGUCGGCGUCUGGCCCGCAUCCUUCGCUAUCGCCGCCGAGACGUCGUCACUGCAGCUACGUGCUAAAACGCAGGGCCUCGGCUGGUUCGUCUCGGCGUUCUCGGCGGCCGCUGCGGGCGUCGCUUUGCCGUAUAUUUUCAACCCCGAUAGCGGGAAUCUAAGGGGGAAGGUCGGCUUCACGUAUGUGGCGACUUGUUUGCUGGGCGCGGGGGUGAGUUGGGCGGUGAUUCCGGAGAUGAAGGGGAGGAGUGUGCUGGAGAUUGAUUGUAUGUUUGAGGAGGGGGUGGGGGCGAGGGAGUUUAAGAAUUGGAGGGGGGAGGUAAGUGGAAUGCACUUCCUACGAUAUAUGAUUAUACACAUACAUCGUCACUUUGAAUACGCAUAG